AUGAGUUUUCUAUCGUCUUUGAGUCAGUAUGUGGCCGGGGUGGCUGACAGUGUGGCGGGGCUGGCUCUCUCGCCACGUCGGGUGCCACCAUCUAGACAUCGGUCGGCUGAGGAAUCGCAGCAGCAGCCGCAAUCCUCAGCUGCUACUAUGAGAGGUGAGCAUUUAACUUUCUUCAACUUGCCUGGCAUGAAAGAAAAUUUUCACUAUCUUCAUCAAUCGAUAGUAAUAAGUAAUUUUAUAUCGUUUUCAAAGGAUACAAUUAGAAUUGAAAAGAAUAGAAAAUAA